UGGCUUUUCUACUUUAGCAGCAGCUCUGAAGGGCAGCCACCGCUCACACAGUUUAAUCAGCCUCAGCUCAGUGUCCGGGUCAGGACUUCUCCGAGCUCUCAGCACCGCAGGAGACACACAAAGGAGGACCGGACCAGGUGGGACGCGCUGGUUUGGAGAGUGGCACCAACGCCUGGACGCACCGUUUCCCACGGACUGAUCUCCCCAGCAGGGCGGGGGUUGGUGUGUGUGUUGGGUUUUUUUUUUUUUCUUCUUCGGCAGGGGGACCUUUCAUCCACACCCCCUCCUCAGCAGCAUCCUGAGGAGCUUUUCUGCUCAUUUCCACUGCGACCGAGCAACAGGUUGAGCAGCAGCAGCAGCAGAGCGAAGGCGAGUGAAGCCACCAUGCCGAGCAAAAGCCAGUUUCUGCGGCCGCGGCUGUGCACGCUGGAGAAGGGCGACAACGGCUACGGCUUCCACCUCCACGGGGAGAAAGGUAAGACGGGCCAGUUCAUCCGCCUGGUGGAGCCCGACAGCCCCGCCGAGACCUCCGGGCUCCGCGCCGGAGACCGCCUGGUGUUCGUGAACGGUGAGGACGUGGAGAACGAGAGCCACCAGCAGGUCGUGUCCCGGAUACGCGCCACCGUGGGCCGGCUGGAGCUCAUCGUGGUGGACCCGGACACGGAGCAGCUGCUGAAGAAGCACAACAUCAAGUGUCUGAAGGGGUUCGUCACCGACGGUGUCCCGUUACCGUUCGACGAGGAGGAGGAAGAGGAGACUGCGGCGGCGGAGGAGGAGGAGGUGGUGGUGGUGCAGGCAGCGCGGGACGAGGACGAGGAGGAGGAAGAAGAGGAAGAGCCGGCGGCGGUGGUUGUGGUGGUGGAGGAGGCGCAGGAGGACGCGGAGCAAGACGGGACAGAGAACGGGGAUGAGCAGCAACCCAAGCGGGAGGAGGUGGAGGAGGAGCGGGAGGAGACACCCAGGGAGUCCACGCCGGUGCCCGAGAGUAACGGAGAGAUCCACGGACACGUAGAGAAGAAGCUGAGCAUCAGCUCUGACAAGGAGGUGUCUACUGAACUUCGGCCACGUCUCUGUGUGAUCCAGCGAGGCCCCAACGGAUAUGGCUUCAACCUGCACAGCGAGCGGGCGCGGCCGGGCCAGUACAUCCGAGCUGUGGAUGAAGACUCUCCAGCAGAGAGGUCCGGCCUGCUGCCCAAGGACAGGAUAGUACAGGUGAACAGCUUGUCGGUGGAGGGGAAGACGCAUUCAGAAGUAGUCGCUGCCAUUAAAGCCGGCGGUCAUGAGGCCCGGCUGCUGGUGGUGGACCCCGAAACAGACGCCUUCUUCAAGAGGUGCCGAGUGACCCCGACCUCCGAACACCUGACCGGUCCGCUGCCAGAGCCUGUCAUUAACGGAGGGAUGGAGGAGAAGGUGAACGGCAGAGUGGCCAAAGAGGCAGAGAGGGACUCAAAGCUGUCCAUCAGUCCUUCUCCAUCCAACGCCUCGUCCAACACCUCGCUCACGACCCCGCCAGCAAACACCCCGCCUGAGGGUCUGAUCGCAGACGCCAUCCCAGCUCUCAAUCUGAGCCUGCAGCAGGUCAAAGAGCUCGCCCACCAGAAACGCUCCAACAAGCGAGCCCCGCCCAUGGACUGGACCAAGAAAAACGAACUCUUCAGCAACCUAUAGGGCUCCUGGCUUCACAUGACACACACACACACACACACACACACACACACGCACACACUUUUAUUCUGUAGGGAUUCUUACAAGGAAACAUCAAAAAGGCCUUAAAAAAAAAUAAAAAAAUUAAAAAUUAAAUCACCAUGACAUUGGAAGAGAAGUUUAACUAGUGGCGCCAGACAAGCCAUCAUGUAAAAUAUAUCAUUCUUCUUGUUACUGUUACUCUACAUGUUAUUAUAACCCAGAUAUUAAACUCUACAUGUAUAAUGUGCUACUAACACGAAAGACACACAUGCCAAUGAAAGCAAACUGGACUGCGUUAAAAAAUGUGCGUUUGUGGCGACCUUGUGUGUGCGUGUGCAUGUGUUUGUGUGCGUGUGUGUGUGUGUGUGUGUGUGUGUGUGUGUGUGUGUGUGUCUGCUGGUCAGAGUUUCGUGCCUGGAAACAUAAAGGAGUCAAGUUUUAGUCAAAGUCAGUCUUUUUUAAAGUUCCUACUAACAUUUUUAAACACUGAAGUGUCUUCUGUUAGAGUGACAACAUUGAAAAACAAAAAAACAAACAAAAAAAAAACAGCCUGACAAUCAAUUCAUUAAUCUCUAAUUUACCUUUUGAUCAGUUUUUAGGGAUCAAACGUCUGGCAGGAACAUUAAAUUCACUUUAACGCCUUUUAUUUCAUUAUUUGUGUAGUAAUCCUCUCUUAUUAACUCUUUAAUAAAAUAUCACGCUAGAACUCUAUUUGUUGUAUUGUUGAAGACUUAUAUGGUUCCAAAAUGAUUUUAAACUGAUUUCUAAUAUGAAUCUCUGAUCUCUGUUUUGGAAAAUACUUGCUGAUGGCUUUAAACUGGAAAUAACUGUAUUUUAAUGUAUGUAUAUAUAUAAAUAUAUAUCAUAUAUCAUGUAUAUUUUUACACUUUUGACAUAAAUUUGUCUCUGAGAUGAAGGUGAGCUCAGUUAAGUCCCGUGUCGCUACUCAUCCACGCGUUGUCUGGUCCACACUUUACUGAAUGUGAACUAUAUUAUGAAUAACUUCAUCAGCCGUCAUUGCUACUGUGAAUGGCUCCUCGGUUCACAUAUUUAGAAUACUGAAUAUUUUUUAUUGCUUCGACAGAAAUUAGAAUUUAUGAGAUUUUUACAUGUUUCUAUUGAUGUCUUAAAAACAAAACGGUAAUUUUGAUGUAACGUUUAGAUCAUCAGAAGGAAUGUCUGUGCUUCAGUAGAUCGUAUGCAUUCGUUCAGUAUUGACAAAAGUGAUCAUUUUAAAACCAAAUGGCUGAAUUCUAUGAAGAGUUUUUGUAGUUUGUGUAAGCAGUAAACGAUUUCUAUACUGUAAUGCGACAGUCAUCACAACAUUAUCCUGUUAUUUGAGAAUAAAUAAAAAUAUUCUCCAAUG